AUGGCUGAGGAGGAGGAAUCUCUCCACGAGAAACAUGACCAAGAAAGUAAAAACGGAGAUGAAGAUGGAGACACGCCGGAAGAAGAAGUUCUUCCAGAGAAGGAACGGCCUCUCACGACAGAGGUGCGCUACUACAACUACCAAGGAUUCAUGAACCGUAUGGAUGGGGACGACGGAGACUAUGUCAUUGAAGUCCUCGUCGCCAGGGCCGACUGGCAUGAGGAUGUCAAAGCCGAGACGAAGAAAAGACCUCAACGCAGCCACCCUGAAAACAACUACAAGACCAAAGGCAUCUCUGGAGCGCAGCUGAAGCUACCCAGAGGUUCCAAAUCACCUCAGGAGGGGCGCAUCCAGCGGAUCCGGAUUCGGUCAGAGACGAUCCUUCGUGCUCUGGGAUCUCUGGCCGAGUGUGAGGAAAUAGAGACCGAACCAACGUUGGAGUUUAGCCGCCCUUUUCGGAUUCUUGAAGAGUUCCACGGCGGCAUGAAAAAGAAGUUAGUCGAGAUGGAGAAUGCGCACAAGCCACAAGGUGAUUCGCCUAGCACGGGUCUGGGUAGCCUUUUGCCAGGGACGGCUGGGGUCCGUUCGGAUGAGUCUAUCGAGAUGGAGCGGCCCAAGGUCUCUGGCGAGGAUACAGGCGACGUUCUCGAAGCCAACGAGACCGACAAAAAUUCGAGCAGAUCAACCGAGACUGCUUUAGAACACAUGCGGUGCUACGUCGACUUCGUGGAGCAGGUGGUACUACCUAUCCGCAGCAAGUUCCAACACCACGACAAGAAAACACGUCGCCGUGUCAGGUACGAAGAGAUCCCAUAUCUCUUCCACCCUGGAUCGUUGGCCUUCCUACCUCUCGCCCAGUCAGGCCAAACUCUCCACCGAUCUGCCGCGCAACAGGUGUGGAGGAUGGCCUCAUGCAUUGUAUCCGACCACUCUACCGACUUCGACGAAGAGAAAGAAUGUUUUCUCAAAAACUCCGGCGAGACAUCAUGGGGCAUUUACUGUCUCGACUAUGACGGCGAGAAGCUGUUUCCAGUUUGGAGGAAUGUCGAGUUCGAUUUCUUCAAUGGGGAGCGAGAUAUUACGUCCCUAAAGUGCUACCCUCUGGAAUCCCACCCAAAUUACGCUGCACUCCUCGAGGAACAAAGGAAGUUGGGACAAACCUUCAAGUCGUGCAUUGCCGAGAGCGUGAGGCAUCUCUACUACUCAGGGUGGACUUUCAUCACGGGCAUUCGGGAGGAGCCCCUGGUAGACGACAAGGGAGAAAUCAUCAAAUAUCCUGAGUAUGUCGAAAGUGAGGUUGUUAUCGAUUUCAAGGAGACUCUUCGGAACUACCCACAAUGGGAGACCAGCGUCGGCGAAUGUGAGACACAGGAUACCUCGUGGGAAACUACGGGGUACGCUGAAAUGGAACUCCGAGUCUGGGAAGAGUAUCCCAACGGCUUGGAUAGCUCCAGACGCUUCAGAUCCGAGGCCUUCCCCAUUCUUUCCCGAGAGGACACGUUAUACCACCGAGAAGCAAAAGAAUGGGCUGAUAAUGAUAGGUUCAUUGUCGGGGAUGGCGCUAUCGCUAUCAAAGACGAUGAGUGGACAGAUGAAGAGCUAGCUAUCCUACCGAAGAGGUUAUUCGGCUAUGUUUUAAGGGAGAGGAGGUUCGCCCGCCUCGAAGUCCAAGGCAUCGACAUGAACUCGCAACAGAGCCGUGUCACACUGGAUGAUAUUCAGAUGCCCGCGCCCCGCAGAAAGAUGAUCAGGUCGGCAGUCUCGGCUCAUUUCAGAGCACGGCAGAAAGAGAAGCAGGGACAGUCGACCAUCCAGCUCGACGUUGUCCAGGGAAAGGGGAAGGGGCUCGUGAUUCUUCUACAUGGAGCUCCCGGCGUUGGUAAAACGGCCACGGCCGAGGCGGUCGCGAUUGAGAACAGCAAGCCGCUUUUCCCCAUCACCUGUGGCGACUUGGGGUUCUCGCCCAGCGCAGUUGACAAGUCGCUCCGAGACACGUUUCGCUAUGCCCACUUGUGGGACUGUGUCCUGCUCCUUGACGAGGCCGACGUCUUCCUCACGCAGCGAGAUCGGAGCAGUGGCAACUUGGAGCGUAACGCCCUCGUAGGAGUAUUUCUCAGAGUAUUGGAGUACUAUAGUGGAAUCCUCUUCCUCACAACAAACCGAGUAGGAGCCCUUGACGAAGCCUUCCGCUCGCGCGUGCACUUGAGCCUCUGCUAUCCGCACCUAAGCCUGAAUGACACAAUCGCGAUUCUCCAAUCCAACCUGAAUCGUCUACCCAGGAUUGAGCACGCAAAAGACAAGUCCUCCAAUGACGGGUACAUCAAGGUCCUGGACAGCGCCAUCAAGAAGUUCGUCGAAGACGAAUAUAGAGAAUACUCAAGGGCCAACAAAAAGAAGAAGGGACCCUGGAACGGGCGCCAGAUCCGCAACGCAGUGCAGAUUGCCGCAGACCUUGCCCUUUACGACAAAGAGGCGGCAGGCGAAAACGACGGCCUGCCGGUCAUCCUGACCGCCGACCACUUCCGGUCUGUAGCGGAAACGACAUCGGAAUUUGAGGCCUACUUGAAGUCCACCAAAAAGGGCGACGAGACGUUCCAGGCCAGAGUGCGUCAGGAUCGAGACGAUGACUUCCAGGAGGAGGAGGAGGCUGAGGAGUACGCCCGCUAUUCAGGCCAUUCUGAUGCUAAACCGUUUGGAGGACCACAGAGGCCAAAAUUGAAGAGCUCUGUCUCAGGGCCGCCGAGGACUAGACAAAGGGGGGCAUCGAGGGUACCUAGCACGCCCGACCGGAGCCGGACCCCAGCUUCACUACAUGCUGACGGAGCAAGUGGUAACUAUUUCCGCUCAUCGAAAUCGUCUCCCGGGCCGGCUCACUCAGGCCAACGACCCCGACACGCUCCUCAUGAACCGGAGUGUAGCGACGUGGCUGAAAACAUGCAGGGUGACUUGUCUGAAGAAGAGGAGCUUGAAGAGCGGGGCUAUGGCUAUAGUCCUCAGUCCGUCUCGCGGGGCAGUAGACCGUUGCAGUUUGGUAAGAAGUCAGAUCGGUAUGUCUAG